AUGCCUGGGGUCCGCACGGGCAUGGAAGUCAGCAACACCCAUCGCGGCGCUGCCAAACAACCAAACAACGACAGCAUUGCAGUGCAGUCUGCUGUCAAAGACGAGGACGGCAAUGACGACAUCUUCGCAGAAAGCGACAGCGACGAUGGGUACGAGUACAAACCGCGACCAAAGCUGCCACAGCCCAAUGUUCACAUGCGAAGCUUGGGAAGUCUGAUAAAGGAACUGGAGAGCGGUGCGAUCGAUGUCGACCCGGAAUAUCAACGUGAGGUUGUCUGGACAGCCGAUCAAAACUACUACAUCCCACCCAUUAUUCUGAAUAAGAAACGGAUUAAUGGAACAGAUGGUACACCACGUGACGUUCUUGUCUGCGUGGACGGAAAACAACGACUUUCCUCUGUCAGGGCAUUCGUCAAAGGCAUGAUUCCUUGCCAUGAUCACAAAGGCGAAAAGUGGUGGUUCUGUGAGACGCCUAGCAAUAAACGCAAAAAGGUGCUUCCUUCGGACAUUCAAAAGUCCUUCUUGGAAAAAGACUUUGUGGCCUUUCAGUUCGCAGAGCUUACGCCAGUACAAGAAGAAGACCUUUUCGCUAGGGUCCAAAUGGGUGUGCAGCUCACUUUAGCUGAGAGGAUGCGCGCGAAACAAGGCCCAUGGCAAGAACUAGCGAAGCUUUUCGUGGAAGACUUCCCUAUGAUCUACGACUUGAUGAAGGAUCGAGCUCGAGCGAAGGACUUCCAACUCACUCUGUCUUGCUUCAGCCAAAUUCUGGAAAGUUUAAUCCCAAAGUUGCUGAACAACACCGGCGCUGUAGACGAUGCGCUCAAGUCACAUCUUGCAAGCGUCUGGACCACCUUCAAAGACCUUAUUGCCUUAGAUCCCGACACUUUCACGAAUGCCGACAGGCAUUUGAGUGGUGUACAAACCUUUGCGCCCAUCGAAAUGGUGGCCGUCACCGUCCUUAUCUCUAUGUAUUCGGAAACGCGCAACAAUGAACUAUUGCUAGGCGAUAUCAGAGCGCUCCGAGAAGCCUUUCGCGAGCAGUUUAAGGACCUUCGAUUGUCUGCGCCAAUGUGGAAGUUUGCCUGGGACUUUAUAGAAAACCUGGAGGGAAUUCGAGCCGACGCCGUCUACUUCAAGAACGAAAACACUAUCAUCUCCUACUUCCGCCGUUUCGAGGAAAAGGGUAGCACCCUUGGACAAGCCGCUGUCCAUACUGCCACCACGCGAUUCGAUCAUCGCAAGGGAGGAGACACAACCUAUGCCCACAGCACCGAAGCGACAGCGGACUGA